GUUGUCUACGCAAGGAAAGGAGGCUGUGUUGUUAUGGCGACUCGGAUUUAACGCAGUUUCUGAAGCGGCUCGGGUGCACUUACAGCAAUCGGGUUAUUUAAUAUUACCGAUUCCUGGAAGUAAACUAAUAUUCGUGUCAGAUUUCUGUGUUGACUGAAAAGGGCGAUAAAAGAAAGUAGUUUUUUUGGGGGUUGGGGGUGGGGGGUCACGGCACCGACACUUUGUUUACGGUCGCAGCAGGCCUAUACCAUCGGCAUGAUGUGAAUCGCUAUUGUCACAGAUUUCGAUCAUUCCCAUAUUGUCACCUAUAUAUAUAUAUACAUAUAUAUAUAUAUAUAUACAUACACGGUGUGAAGUAGUUUGUGAAAAUGAGUACAAAGCGUGCCUCGGAGUCGCAAUUUAACAGCGAGACCCAGAGUAAGAAAAGACAUAAAGCCAGUUUAGGGGCAGAGGAGGGUGGUUUUCCAGAUAUAAUAAUAGACUCUGGUGAUGAUGAUGACGGUGGACAGGUCGACUUCUGCACGUCCUUUUCCAGCAAAGAAGAUCUUGCGCGCACCUUUGAACACGCAGUUAAAGUAGCGGUGAAAUCAGUCAUGUCCGAAAUGACCAAGCUGGUGGAGAGCAAGUACCUUUUUUUUCAAGUCAGAUUGGACGGGAAAGAAAAAGACAUCGAAAGCCUGAAACUGCGAAUGGAAAAAGCCGAGGGUGAACUGAAAACGAUGCGCGAAUGUAUGAGCGCUGAUAAGGACGCGUCAAGCCGGGCUAUUGCUGUAAACCCCAGCCGACUGUCUGGAAAAGGAAACGCGAACACGCUGGAAACUCCUGCUUCAGCUCUCAGUAGAAAACUAAAGGACCCCGCCUCGGUGAACAGACCCCCUCCAUUUCAGAAACAGUACUCCGGGCAUGAUGUGAGUGCAGUGGCUGCUCCUGGCCAGAAUAAAGUGCAAAGCGCUCAGGUUUUAAUUCAGCCGGACAAAGCGGCAGCAAACCCGAAUUUAUUCACCAGAGUCCGGGACUGUGUGCAGAUUGCGAACUUCAGGAUAAGACACGAAGCGGGGGGCGAAGGAACAUUUAAAGGUGCUGGAGUGAAAACAGCUGAGCUGGAUCACCUGAAAGAUGAUGCUACAGUGGAAAAUCUUCACAUUAAACAUAACUGUGCUGACAUUACAAAGAAGGUUUCAGAACAGACUCUAGAUUCUCGAAAAAGAAAGACCUUUGUAGAUCCAGUGGAAUCCACGCAUUGUGUUGAGAUUCCAAAGGAGGUUACAAAGCAGGCCUGGACUUCAGUUACAGAGGCAGACCCUCAGCAGGGAUCAAGCCAAUACAGAGAGAGAGCCCCUGAAGCACAUUCUGCCUGUGUUAAAGGAGAGCCAGCUGGACUACAGACCGUCCACAUUAAGGAAGAGCCAGCUGGACUAGAGACUAUCCAAAUUAAAGAGGAAGUCCCUGAAUUUGAACCUGUUAACAUAAAAGAGGAGGCGACUGAACUGGACUCUCUUCAUAUCAUUGAGGUCCCGGAAGAUAAUGAAAGUGACCCAGUUAGACCAUAUGAAGACCAAAGACAAGUUGAAGAUGAUAGGACGGACAAAGCCACACAAAAACAGACUAAAUGGGCCAUUAAAAUCUUCAAAGAGUGGCUGGCCAAUGACAAAAAACCUACCACAUUUGAACACUUGCCAGACGAAGAAAUAAAUGACUUGCUCUACAGUUUUUAUCCAUCUGUCAAAAAACAAACCGGGGAACAUUUUGGCAAAUCCUCACUCACAGCACUGCGCCUGGGAAUUAAUCGGCAUCUGCACGACCCCCCAUACUCUAGGCAGCUGAGUCUCAUGACUGAUAGACCGUUUCUCACCUCAAACCAGAGGUUUCUGGGGCUCCUGAAACAGUUAGAAACGGAGAACAGAGGCAUGUUAAGUCACCAUGCCCCCCUUCAACCAGGAGAUUUUAAAAAACUCUUGGAGACGGGAGUCCUGGGUGUGGACAAUCCUCUCGCCCUGCAGCGCUAUGUCUGGAUGACACUGGCUUUGCACUUUGCUGUGCGUACAGCAGAACACCUCUACCGAAUGACAAAAAACACCUUUGCAAUAUCUGUGGAUAAAGCAGGGGUUCAAUACUUGCAUUUUUCCUGUAACCCCACGCAAACGAACAAUGAAGCCAGGAUGUAUGCACAGCCCGGCAAUCCGAUGUGUCCCCUGAAAGCCUAUCAAUUAUAUACGUCCAAGUUACAUCCAGCCAGAAAUUCCUUGUGGCAAAAGUCUAACAAACCUAAGUACUGGGGGCUAGGAUUAGACGUUUGGUAUGAGAAAGCUAAUCUGAGUCUCCCCAAGCUUGUCCGCAUGAUGACUGACAUCAGCAGAGAUGCCAAGCUGAACCGCAUCUACACAAACCACUGUCUAAAGGAGACGGCUGCUGUUAUUUUAAGUUCACAUGGGGUGGACAGGCAUCAUAUUAUGAGAAUAACAACGCAUAAAAAUGACUGUCGUGAUGGUAGCUUUGCUGGGCCCGCUGACUGUAACACCAGACGCAUCUUUAGCAGCAUCCUGAGUUCCUUGUUUGACGUGUCUAAUAUAGGAAAACAGGACAUUGCACCCAAACUGGCAGUGGCCCCAAACAAUACAGCCACACGAUUAGGCCAACAGGACCUAUAAUGGGACAAAACUAUUCUUUUCCAGGGCCUGACCCUUUUUGUAACUUGGCCCUUCCUGUUGAUGUAACAUUAUAACAUGACUGAAUCUGUUCAUUCUUAAAUUUGUGCUCAUGUGGUCUUCUAAAAUAACUGGGUCACUGGCACUACAAAACGUGACUGGAGAAAGCAGGUAUCAAGCAAAGCGUUUUACAGGCGGGCGUUCAUUUUAGAAGCAGGUCCACUUCAUUCCUGCCUGUGUUGUGAGGAUUUGCUAAUGUAGUGCUCAGGCAUUGUAGUUUAACACCCCUUUGGGUUCUGUAUGACAACUACAAUACCUUCAAUUAUACAAGAACCUGACGCUGGUAAUAAUGGCAGGAUUCAUAUAGUUUAUUCAUUGAUACUAGUAUAUGGGCAGUUGGAGGUUAGUAUAUAGAAACGACAUAAUGCUUUGUAACUCAAUAGUAUUAUUACCUGGUAACAUGCUACAGCAGUGCUACUAUCCUGUCUAUAUCAGCUGUACUAACCUUAAAGAGAGGAAUGGAAAAAACUAGAAGAAUCAGUAACCCAUUUAUAGGGUGCAGUUUUACCCCAAUGUUAGAGUCGUUCAACCCGCACAGUGCUUUAUGUACUAAAAUAUGAAAUAGGUGUUUUUAACAUGGAAAUAAAUAAUUGAACUGGGAUGGUGUGUGGACAAUGUUGAUUUCUGUAAUGAACGCUAGUUAUUUUCAUCCCAGCGUUUUAACUUUUUUUUUGGGGGGGGGGGGGGGAGAUAUGGGGAAAGGAAUAUAUAAACAGAGAUACAGGGAGUAUUAAUUCAUCUCAAGUCUUUUAAUGAUUUAAAUUAUGAUUCAAGCUAUUACUUCAAAUAAUUCAAACAAGGGAAAGUCAAAGCAUCACAGUGUAUAGAGCAGAAAAAGGCCAUUUUGACCCAGCUAUGCUGGUCUGGUUUAUCUCAAAAUGCUGUCAAAUUUAAAUGCUCCCAGUGAUUCAGCAUCAAUGUGACUACGUGUUUUUUUUCCUUAAUAGUAAAAGGACAGGUUCAGUUCUAAUUUAACAUGCUAACGGUGGCUUUAUUUUAACUGCUUAAUUGAACUGUAGAGCCCUAUAAUCCUAACUCUGAGUGCUCUACAUUUACUUUUCUCUUCAAUCAGAUUUUUGUCGACUCGCCUUGGACCGCAGCACAGCACAUAGAAACCUCUGGAUAUCUGAAGCCGACUCGAAGGUG